GAAGAGGGAAGUUCCCCGGAUGUAACUAUAUUUCUGAUAUCGAGGGAGGGCGCGAUUCCUGUGAAAGGCGGUGCCCUAGGCAGCGUCACACUUGGAUGACGGCAUUAUGCAGACCAUAAAGUGUGUGGUGGUGGGUGACGGUGCAGUAGGCAAAACAUGCCUUCUCAUCUCCUACACGACAAAUGCCUUCCCCGAGGAGUACAUCCCCACGGUGUUUGACAACUACAGCACACAAGCCAGCGUGGAUGGCCGCGCAGUCAGCCUGAACCUGUGGGACACUGCGGGCCAGGAGGAGUACGACCGUCUCCGCACACUCUCCUACCCGCAGACGCACGUCUUCAUCAUCUGCUUUUCCAUCGGAAGCCCCUCGUCCCACGCCAACGUCCGGCACAAGUGGCACCCCGAGGUGUCCCACCACUGUCCCGGGGUGCCCGUGCUGCUGGUGGGCACCAAGCGCGACCUGCGUUCAGACCGCGAGGCGGUGGAGAAGCUGAAGGAGCAGGGCCUGGCCCCCACCACCCCGCAGCAGGGCACCGCCCUGGCCAGGCACAUUGGCGCGGUCAAGUACCUGGAGUGCUCCGCUCUCCUCCAGGAGGGUGUGCGAGAGGUGUUUGCAGAGGCGGUCCGCGCUGUGCUCUACCCGGUGACCAAGAAGAACACCAAGAAGUGUGUGCUGUUAUGACUGGCGUGUGAGUGAGUGACCUGAUGUCCGUGUCUGUAAGGAAUGGAGGAGUGUAUGUGAAGGAUGAAAGGAUGAUGAUGAUGAUGAUGAUGAUGAUGAGGAUGCCUUUGGUUGUGGAUGUGUGUGUCUGUCCAUUUGGACCAUAAAGACUGGACGGUUAAGGAGGACAUGAUGGGAAAAGGCCUCUCCGUGCACCAAACCAAACUCGUACCACUAGACAGAACCGGAAAAGGGGUCCAUGUGUGCCUGGAACUCGCUGAACUUCUAAUGCCUUUUCCCCUUUGAUCCACCCCUCUCUCUGAAGAUCGAUUAUGUUUUGUUGACACAGUGUCCUGUGGAAUUAUUGUUUUGCCAUUGCCAAAGUGAAGUAAUUUGCAUUAUAGCCAUCUUCCAGACUUUUAAGUCAACUCACACUUCCAUACCCAAGCAAAUACCUUGUAGUUGGCCAGUUGCUAUUUUGCAAAGGUCUAACUUGGCCACUAUUGAAUGAUGUUGCCAUUUUUUUUAUUUCUUUAAGUAUUUGAUCCCCAAAUAUAGGGUAUGUGUGCUAGUGGGAAGAACUGACAGCAAUGUGCCUUCAGAAUCACACCGUGCUACUAAGUCCAGUCCUCAAAAUCAGGAAUGUAAAGCCUUAAUACUCUUUGGGGCUUCUGGGCAUGCUCUUCUCAUUCAUUAUUUUUUCUUAAGUAGCUGAGUAGAUUUUCAAUCAGCUCUACCCUGAUGUUGCCAACAACCCCAAUGUGAAGCUUCUCAAAUCAUGUGUCUUUUCUAAGCUGUUUCAGACAGACUAAUGCCUGCUCACCUGUGCUCUGUUCAUGUGUUAGCUGAGCAGCGUAUCCGAACCAUUGUGUCGAUUAACACAGACAGUCAUUUAUUUCUCUAUGCUUUGGAAAGAAUGGGGAAACGGAUACCGUCAUGGAACUGGCCUACGGUAGCUGCUUAUCAGUAAACACAUAAAGCCAGAAGUGAGCACUUAUGACUGGAGCCCUCUGCUGAAACAUCCACAUGAGCUCCACUUAUGGCAUUUCCUGAGUAGGAUGCAUGUCUAACCACAUGUUCUCCUCACUGCAAAAGUAUUCAUUUCUGAAAGAAAAGAUGCAUGUUUUAUGUUGCUUUUUCAGAUUCCAGUGCAGAUAUGCUCUAUAUUUUUGAUUUAAUAGAUUCUCUUAUCUCAUAUUGAUGUAUAAAGACACUCAUCAUAAUAGAUGUCUGUGUUAAUCGACACUACUCAUACUCGGUAUGUAGCGAUAUAUGGAAUGCCCAAGUAUUUCCAAUGUAAUGCCAUAAAAGGUUAGUCCUUCCCCCAGUGAAUUUUGAUUUAGCUGGCAGAUUUGUGGUGCUCCACUGAGAACAUCCACAUGUUAAAUCAUCUCUGUCGGUGUUAAUUUAUUCCACUAAGAGCAAAAGAGACCAAGCAUUAUCAGUGAUGUAAUGGUUUGAGAUUUUGGUUGACAAGGUUGUUUUCUUCUCCUAGUAAACGAGUUAUCUCCGCAUCCACCACAAGCCUCUGGUUGAGGGAUGUGACUUGAAUACCAUUUUUUGUUUUUUGAUGGCCUUGUUUUUCCUGUUAGUGAUGCGGAGACAUUUCUCUUUAUUCACAAUUGUGAGAAUCCAUGCUGGUUAGAUGAGGCUGCAAUGACGGCUUACUUGAUUUAAAUAUGUGGGCCCUCUCCCCCCUGACUCUCCAUUUUGGAUGUUUGUAAGAAAUCCUUGCCUUAUCAUCAUGUGUUUACCCUCUAUUGUCCAGCGGGCUAAGACGCUUCUGCAUACCGUUGCUGCUCUGCCUAAGCAGUCUGAUCAGGAAAGCCUGGUGGAGAAAAACCAUGUAACAAAGGCACGAGUCAGGAAGGCAGGGAAAUGCAGGCGUUGGCCUUCGUGCCAGGCUACCCACAUAGAGGGUCUUUUGAGUGGGGUGAAUCUGUGCGUAUGACUCAGGUCUAACUGUCGUUGUUGUAAUCCUUGCAAUGGUAGCUUUCAGUGACAGACCCUGAACGUUCAUCUCUGGACUGGACUUAGAGAAUUGCCCUGCAGCCAAACAAAAGUGACGAGAGACGGACAAUGACAGGAGCGGACAGAAAUAUGCUGCUGGUUUUCAAUUACAUCAGCACUUACAGACUGAGUGAAGUAAUUCAUGUAUUAGAGAGUACUUAACCAGUGAUCCCACACAAUUUGCCCCGCAGCAAGAAGAAGGUGAAGCGGCUGUCACCUCUCCCUAUAAGUUACUUUUCACAACAACUUGAUGCCAACAAAAUGAAACCUGAAGGUUAGGACUCUUGAGGAUGUAAUGGAGUUUGCUCCAACAUUUAUAAGCCAAGUAUAAAUACAUACAAAAGUGCAAUUUUUACUUAGUAUGUUUUAUGUACAUGUGUAUGUGUAAUUGUUUUUUUUUUUUUUGGAAUUCACUGCCAAACCACACCUGGAAAAUUAAAUGACACAAAAUUCCUGUUCCCACUUACAGUGCUACUGGUCACUAUAUUAGAUUAUCGCCAACUUGACUGUAGAAGUAAUAUUUGGACUAGCUGCACCAGAUUUGUAUGCUUCAAAACAACCUCAUUUUUUAUAUUUGGCCUUUUUAUAUGUGAAGGUAAAAUUGUACUCAGAAGGUUUAACAAUACAGGUACUUUAAUAUUUAAUCAGAAAAUGUGUUUUGGAUGUGUUUAAUUCAUUUACCUUUACCUUAUUGUGCCACAGCAAUUUAAUGAGGGGUAGGAGGAGGCUAUUUUUCAUACUGGUUUUCAGGAGUGAUGGCAAAACUCUUGCAUGCCAAUAAAAUAUAUUUUAACGUAAAUGGGUGUCAAUAAAUUAAUUAAUGAUC